AUGGGGCUGGACCAGGUAAAUUUGGAAGCGGACGUUGUCGUCGCUUCCAAGGCACCAGCGGACAAAGUGCCCGUUGCAGUUACCUCUGCUUCCAGCACGGUUGACAACAAGCAAGAGCAAGCUUUGCAGGAGGCUCCCUCUGUCCAGGAUUUCAUCCAGGAGAAGACCGAGGAACAGCAGCUCGAGGCUGACUUGAAAGCCAACGUCAAGCAAACCACCAUGGACUUCAUCAAGAAAGACUUCGCGAACAAGGGUAAGAGACCCAAGGCAUGUUUCGUCACUCUGGUGAGAAACAGCGAGCUUAACGGGUUGCUCUCUUCCAUAAGAAUCGUCGAACAAAGAUUCAACGCCAAGUUCAAGUACGACUGGAUUUUCUUGAACGAUGAACCGUUCUCUGAAGAGUUUAAGAAGAGAGUGCAAGAGGAAGUGUCAUCCACUGUCAAGUUCGGGUUGAUUCCAAAGGAGCACUGGUCGUAUCCAGACUACAUCGACCAAAGUAAAGCUGCGGACACUAGAGCCAAGAUGGCCGAUAUCAUUUACGGUGGUUCAGAAUCCUACAGACACAUGUGUCGUUACCAAUCCGGGUUCUUCUGGAGACAUCCCCUACUGGACGAAUACAGCUGGUACUGGAGAGUUGAACCAGACACGCAACUGUACUGUGACAUCAACUACGAUGUCUUCCAGUGGAUGCAGGACCACGAAAGGUGUACGGUCACCAUUACGAUUCACGAAUACGAAGCUACGAUCCCAACUCUGUGGAAAACCUCCAUGAAUUUCUUCAAAGAACACCCUGAAUAUGUAUCGGAGAACAACUUGAUGAAAUUCUUGUCCGGGAACGACGGGGAGACGUACAACCUGUGCCACUUCUGGUCGAACUUCGAAAUCGCAUCGCUAGAUUUGUGGAGAUCGCCAGCGUACAGAGCUUACUUCGACUACUUGGACAGGGCCGGUGGGUUCUUCUACGAAAGAUGGGGGGAUGCCCCAGUGCACUCCAUUGCGGCCGCGCUGAGAUCCCAAGAGAUAAGAUCCACUACUUCUCCGACAUUGGUACCACCGACCCACCUUACGACUAACUGUCCUCGGGACAUGGACGUCUUACAGAAACAACGAACUGUGCCUGUGACCAAGGGAACGACUUCACAUUCCAAGCGUAUGCAUGCGGGACAGAAUAUUACGACUCUCAAGGCAUGA